UCUUUUUGUUUUAAAAUUAUCUUUGUAUAGGAUAAUGGAUAAUAUGCCCAUAACUUGGUGCUAUCUGGUAGAAGGAGGACAAAAGUUUUGUUCUGCGGGUUUUCCCAUGGGUUGCUACGUCAAUUCAGUAGGAACGCCUAAAGAUGCGUGUCUUUUAUAUUCUUCAUACGUCGAUAAAGAUACAUAUUAUAUAUUCAAUCAUGUGAACAUCGACAUAACUUUUCAUAGCGGAGAAGAGGAAUCGUGGGGUGGAAGUUUUGGUGAAAAAGGCGGCAGAAUUAUUGGAGUCAGAAUAAAUCCGAGAAGUUAA